UCAGCCUGCUGUUUGCCACAGUCAGAGUGGGCACUGCAUCUACCCCAAGUGCUGACAUUUAGUACCUGCGUUAGCAGCAGAGACUCAGACAGGGGUGAGCAGCCCCUCUGGCUUUCAGAUAAAAGAUCUACCCACCACCAGAAAAUAUGUCACUACAGAUGGUAACAGUCAGUAAUAACAUAGCCUUAAUUCAACCAGGCUUCUCACUGAUGAAUUUUGAUGGGCAAGUUUUCUUCUUUGGUCAGAAAGGCUGGCCCAAGAGAUCCUGCCCUACUGGAGUUUUCCAUUUUGAUGUGAAGCAUAACCAAAUCAAGCUGAAGCCUGCAGUUUUCUCUAAAGAUUCCUGCUACCUUCCUCCUCUCCGCUACCCAGCCAUUUGCACAAUCAAAGGCAGCUUAGAGUCUGGAAAGCAUCAAUACGUUAUCCAUGGUGGGAAAACACCAAACAAUGAGCUUUCAGAUAAGAUCUAUGUCAUGUCUGUUGUUUGCAAGAGCAACAAAAAAGUUACUUUUCGUUGCACAGAGAAAGACUUGGUAGGAGAUGUUCCUGAAGCCAGAUAUGGUCAUUCCAUUGAUGUGGUGUACAGUCGAGGAAAAAGUAUUGGUGUUCUCUUUGGAGGACGGUCAUACAUACCUUCUGCCCAGAGAACCACAGAAAAAUGGAAUAGUGUAGCUGACUGCCUGCCCCAUGUUUUCUUGGUGGAUUUUGAAUUUGGGUGCUCUACAUCCUAUAUUCUUCCUGAACUUCAGGAUGGACUCUCUUUUCAUGUCUCCAUUGCCAGAAACGAUACCAUUUAUAUUCUAGGAGGACAUUCUCUUGCCAAUAACAUCCGCCCUGCCAACCUAUAUAGAAUAAAGGUUGAUCUCCCCUUGGGUAGCCCAGCUGUGAAUUGCACAGUCUUACCAGGAGGAAUCUCUGUUUCCAGUGCAAUCCUAACUCAAACAAACAAGGAUGAAUUUGUUAUUGUUGGUGGUUAUCAGCUUGAAAAUCAAAAAAGAAUGGUCUGCAACAUUGUCUCUUUAGAAGACAACAAGAUAGAUAUUCAGGAGAUGGAGACUCCAGAUUGGACCCCAGAUAUUAAGCACAGCAAGAUAUGGUUUGGAGGCAAUAUGGGAAAUGGAACUGUUUUCCUUGGCAUACCAGGAGACAAUAAACAGGCUGGGUCAGAAGCAUUCUACUUCUAUAUGUUGAAAUGUGUUGAAGAUGAUGUGAAUGAAGACCAGAAAACAUUAACAUGCAGUCAGACAUCAACAGAUGACCCAGGGGACUCCACUCCCUUUGAAGACUCAGAAGAAUUUUGUUUCAGUGCAGAAGCAAACAGUUUUGAUGGUGAUGAUGAAUUUGACACCUAUAAUGAAGAUGAUGAGGAAGAUGAGUCUGAGACAGGUUACUGGAUUACAUGUUGUGCUACUUGUGAUGUGGAUAUCAACACUUGGGUACCAUUUUAUUCAACUGAGCUCAACAAACCUGCCAUGAUUUACUGCUCACAUGGAGAUGGACACUGGGUCCAUGCCAAGUGCAUGGAUCUGGCAGAACGCACACUCAUCCAUCUGUCAGAAGGAAGCAACAAGUAUUACUGCAACGAACAUGUAGAGAUAGCAAGAGCAUUGCAAACCCCCAAAAGAGUCCCACCCUUAAAAAAGCCUCCACUGAAAUCCCUCCACAAAAAGGGUUCAGGGAAAAUUUUUACUCCUGCCAAGAAAUCCUUUCUUAGAAGAUUAUUUGAUUAGUUUCACAAAGCCUUUCAAAUUCAAGUUCACUGAAUUUUUCAACCAAUUUUAAAGAAUCAUAACAAUGAUAAGAAUUGUGCCCCUAUUUUUGUUUAUCAAAAAUGUCUGUUUUCUCAUUUAUAUGUAUUGACUGCAUUGAAAAAGUGCUUGUAAUGCAAAACAAAAUAACUGAGAAGAUUUCACUUAAAUAUCUCUUAAAGACACAUUCUGAUCAGAAUUUUUUAUCCAAGAAAUGAAAACAGUAGCAGUAAUAAUAAUC